ACCAAUCAAUGCUCAUGUUUUUCAAGUAUCUGUUAUGAAGGUAUGUGACUAUAACAUACCAGUUGUGUUGGACACAGGCUCUGGUCUGAUGAAAGCUGGCUUUGCAAAUCAGGACCUACCAACGACUAUAUUUCCAACAGUAAUUGGACAACCUAAAUAUGAGAGAGUUUGUAAUGGGAGGAAUCAAAAAGAUGUUUACAUUGGGCACGAUGCUCAACAUAUGCGAGGUGUUCUGUCCUUGCACUACCCACUGGAACAUGGCGUUGUGACAAACUGGGAUGAAAUAGAAAAGAUCUGGCAUCAUACGUUUUAUCACCAGCUCCGCAUUGAGCCUGAAGAUCAUCCAGUUUUCCUGACAGAGGCAGCCAUGAACCCACACCGGAACCGAGAGCGAAUGGUUGAGAUCAUGUUUGAAGUUUUUAAUGUGCCUUUUACUUACGUGGCAAUUCAAGCUGUCUUAGCACUUUUCUCUUCUGGGAGAACAACAGGUAUAACCUUGGACUCUGGAGAUGGGGUGACGCACACUGUACCGGUCUAUGAAGGAUACAGUCUGCCUCAUGCCAUACAACGCCUAAAUCUGGCUGGCCGAGAUCUCACAGAAUAUUUUGGAAAGCUGUUGAAAGAAAGGGGUUAUUCAUUUAAUACUUCAGCAGAACAGGAAAUUGUCCGAGAUAUCAAAGAGAAGCACUGUUAUGUUGCCGAAGACUAUGAAAGAGAAGUGGGGCACUUGGAAAAUUGUGGCGAACUAAACUACAGAUUGCCUGAUGGACAAAUAAUUACAAUAGGCAAUGAGAGGGUCAGAGCUCCAGAGCUUUUGUUUAAACCAGAGGUGAUCGGAAGAGAUCACUAUGGAAUUCAUGAGAGUCUUCUCCGUGCCAUUAUUCUCUGUGAUGUGGACCUGAGACAAACCUUUGUUGGAAAUAUUGUUCUCUCAGGAGGAAACACUCUGCUGUCUGGAUUUGGAGCAAGAGUACAAAAAGAAAUCUCUUCCAUGUUGCCCCUGGACCUGUCAAAGUAUGUACACAUUUCAAGCCCGGCAAACCGGGACUUCACAGUGUGGAGUGGGGGUGCUGCCCUGGCAAGUUCAUCUGUCAUUGACCAUGCCUGGAUCAGCCGAGAAGACUAUUAUGAAUUUGGUCCAAAAAUUGUUCAUAGGAAGUGUUUUUAA